AUGUACGUUCUUCCCAUCUUUUCUUCUCUCAUACACCUUAGUUUUUACAUGAUGACUUUUUGUAUUUCUUUUAUACCGUGCGGAAUCUUAGGUUUACUUCUCUCAAACCCCAACGGCACCGCCUCUGGUGAACUCCUCGAAGGAACACACUUUCUCCAGCACCGUGGUCAGGAUGCUGCUGGUAUUGUUACUUGUGGCCCCCGCGGCCGUUUCUACCAAUGCAAGGGUAACGGCAUGGCCCGUGAUGUAUUCACACAGGCUCGCAUCUCCCUUCUCGCUGGAAACAUGGGCAUUGGCCAUCUUCGCUACCCAACGGCUGGCUCUUUUGCAAACUCUGAAGCCCAACCAUUUUACGUCAACUCUCCAUACGGCAUUGCACUCUCCCACAAUGGUAACCUUGUUAAUGCCCCAGCUUUAAGGGCUUACCUCGACGAAGAAGUCCACCGCCACAUUAACACUGACUCGGAUUCGGAACUCCUGUUAAACGUUUUUGCCGCUGAACUUCAAAACACAAACAAGUCUCGUGUCAAUGACGAGGACAUUUUCCAUGCUCUUGGCGGAGUCUACGAGCGUGUCCGUGGUGCCUACGCUUGUGUCGCAAUGAUUGCUGGCUAUGGCAUUCUCGGUUUCCGUGACCCUAACGGUAUCAGACCCCUCGUCAUGGGCAUCCGAACCAAUGCCGACGGUACAAAAGACUACAUGUUUUCUUCUGAAAGCGUUGUUCUUCAAACUCUUGGCUUCAAGGAAUGGUUUGAUGUCAAGCCUGGACAAGCAAUCAUCAUCCCCAAGGGUACAAUGGAGCCUGUUAUUCGCCAGGUCGUCCCACAGCUUUCUUACACACCAGAUAUUUUCGAGUACGUUUACUUUGCUCGCCCAGAUUCUGUCAUGGAUGGCAUCAGUGUCUACCGCAGCCGUCUUGCCAUGGGUGACCGUCUAGCAACAAACAUCAUCAACCGUUUCAAGUCCCGACAUGAAAUGGCCAAGGAAAUCGAUGUUGUCAUUCCUGUCCCAGAUACCUCUCGCACCUCUGCUCUUGAGUGUGCUGUUCGUCUGGGGAUCCCAUUCCGUGAAGGCUUUGUCAAAAACAGAUAUGUUGGCCGCACCUUCAUUAUGCCCAACCAAACUGAGCGUCGCUCUUCUGUUCGCCGCAAACUCAAUGCCAUGGCUCUUGAGUUUUCCGGCCAAAAUGUCUUGCUUGUAGACGACUCCAUCGUUCGUGGCACUACCUCUAAGGAGAUUGUGCAAAUGGCACGUGAGGCUGGUGCAAAGAAAGUCUACUUUGCCUCGUGCGCUCCUCCUAUUCGUCACAACCACAUUUAUGGUAUUGACCUGGCUGACACAAAGGCUCUUGUUGCUUACAACAAGACUGAGGAGGAAAUUUCAAAAGCCAUUGGCGCAGACGCCGUCUACUAUCAAACUCUUGAUGAUCUUGUUGGUGCCUGCUCUUCCCCUGGUGACGAAGAAGCUGGUAUCCCCAAGAUUGAUGAAUUCGAGGUCGGCGUCUUCACCGGCACAUAUAUUACUGGUGUUGAGCAGUCUUACCUCGACUACUUGGAAGCUAUUCGUGGCCAAAACCAGCGUCUCAAGGAGCAGGAACGCCACGGCAUUGCUUCUAUUCUUGAGGAUCCCAAAGCUGAGGUUGACAUUGGUCUCUUCAAUCACGGAGACAUUGUCGUUUAA